AUGAACCCGCAACGCUCCGUCUACAAGAACAGUUCUAUAAACGUGCCAGCCAGCACCACAACGCCUGUGAUCGGAUCCAAAGGCGUAUUUGGUCUGAAAGGUUCCAUCCAUGAUUCUCUCUCGCUAAUCCCCUCGACUCAAGCCAGCAUGCCACGGCUUAUAGACAAUGCCCAGAUACGAUCUGCGGCUCUUCGCAACCCUCUCCCAAUCCAAUUACAUGCCUACGUCUGGCCCUUCCUGAUAAUAUGGCCGUCGUUUUUCGCCUUCUAUCUCUCUCCCGAUCGAUACGACAGGUACAUCCAGGGGUCUGAAUGGACUUUCCUCUGGGCCGGUUCGAUAUUCACAUUACAGUCGUUGCUCUGGUUGAUGACAAAGUGGAAUAUCAAUAUCAACGCUCUGUUCACUACCACAAGCGCAAAAUCCGUCGACGACGCCCAGCUCAUCAAAGUGCUUCCUGUGGCGAAUGCCGGCUCCGCCGAAAUUUGUCCUUUGGUGAAGGAAUACACCGGCGGUAGAAAUCAUAUCUCUUUCCUCUUCCAAAAACGGCGUUUCCUGUACGAUCCGGCGAAUAAAUGCUUCUCCCCGCUUUCAUACGCCCUCGACGUGGAGCCGAAGCCGUAUUUGAAAGAAUUCCAGACAAGCUGCGGGUUGACAUCAGCCUCCCAAAUUGAGCAUAUCCACAAUCACUAUGGUGACAACACUUUCGAUAUCCCGGUUCCCACCUUUAUAGAACUAUUCAAAGAGCACGCGGUCGCGCCGUUUUUUGUUUUCCAAAUCUUCUGCGUCGGACUGUGGCUGUUGGACGAGUACUGGUAUUACUCAUUGUCUACGCUAUUCAUGCUCGUCGCUUUCGAGAGCACGGUUGUAUGGCAACGUCAAAGGACCCUAAAUGAAUUCCGAAGCAUGAGCAUCAAACCAUACGAUGUCUGGGUUUACAGGGAGAACCAGUGGACUGAGACCAGCAGUGAUAAAUUACUUCCGGGUGAUUUAUUAUCGGUGAAUCGGACGAAAGACGACAGUGGAGUUGCCUGUGAUAUUCUCAUGAUUGGAGGAAGUGCAAUUGUUAACGAGGCGAUGCUCUCAGGAGAAAGCACGCCUUUGCUCAAAGACUCUAUCCAGUUGCGCCCAGGGGAUGAACGGAUUGAUCCGAAUGGCCUUGACAAAAACUCCUUCCUUUAUGGCGGCACAAAGGUCUUGCAAAUCAACCAGUCUACCUCGAACCCAGACGAAAUUACCACCAACGCUCGAUUCAAAGUCCCGCCUCCUCCUGAUAACGGUGCUCUCGGUGUUGUUGUUCGAACUGGCUUUGAAACCAGCCAAGGCAGCUUAGUUCGAACGAUGAUCUACUCCACAGAACCCGUUUCUGCGAAUAACGUUGAGGCAUUGUUGUUCAUCCUCUUCCUCUUAAUGUUUGCCAUCGCAGCAUCUUGGUAUGUCUGGAAAGAAGGUGUCUCCAAGGACCGGAAGAGGUCAAAGCUAUUGCUUGAUUGUGUUUUGAUCAUCACAAGCGUUGUGCCGCCAGAGUUGCCUAUGGAGUUGAGUUUGGCUGUUAAUACCAGCCUUGCGGCGCUUAGCAAAUAUGCCAUCUUCUGCACUGAACCUUUCCGAAUUCCCUAUGCUGGCCGUGUCGAUAUCGCUUGUUUUGAUAAAACCGGAACCUUAACCGGCGAGGAUCUUCUAGUGGAAGGGAUCGCAGGGCUAACUCUAGGGCAGAAGAGCAAGUCUAUUUCUCCGGACGGUGCGCAUACUGAUAUCGCCAAGGUCGAGAAUGUAGCUGACGAGACUACAUUGGUACUCGCUACCGCACAUGCACUUGUCAAGCUAGACGAAGGUGAAAUUGUUGGUGAUCCAAUGGAAAAAGCAACGCUCACAUCACUCGGGUGGAUCCUUGGCCGAAAUGAUGUCUUGAUUAGCAAACCAGGAGCGCCAGUCAGAGCCGGAGGGCGCGUGCUUGAAUCAGUCCAAAUUCGUCGACGCUUCCAAUUCUCCUCUGCGUUAAAACGGCAAAGCGCGGUGGCAACCGUGACGAGUACUGAUAGGCAAUCGUCAAAGAGAGUAAAGGGCACUUUUGUCGGAGUGAAAGGUGCUCCAGAAACGAUCAGUACUAUGCUUGUUUCUGUUCCGCCUAAUUACGAGGAGACCUUUAAAUUCUUCACCCGGAACGGUGCCAGAGUUCUCGCAUUAGGCUACAAGUAUUUGAAUUCGGAGGCAGAGCUAAGCCCUGCACGAAUCAACAACCUGAAGCGCGAGGAAGUCGAAGCGGAUUUACAUUUUGCAGGGUUCCUCGUCCUUCAGUGCCCUUUGAAGGAAGAUGCUGUCAAGGCAUUGCAAAUGCUAAACGAGAGUAGUCACAGAGUGGUCAUGAUUACCGGUGAUAAUCCCUUAACAGCCGUCCAUGUGGCCCGACAGGUUGAAAUCGUUGAUCGGGACACUCUUAUUCUCGAUGCUCCAGAGCACGACACAUCAGGAACAAGGCUCGUAUGGCGGAGCAUCGACGAUAAGUUUAGUGUGGAGGUUGACCCGACCAAGCCACUGGACGAAACCAUUCUCCAGACCAAAGAUCUCUGUGUGACUGGCUAUGCGCUGGAAAAAUUCCGGGGCCAAAGUGGUCUUCGUGAUCUUCUCCGCCAUACUUGGGUCUAUGCACGGGUAUCCCCCAAACAAAAAGAAGACAUUUUGUUGGGCAUGAAGGACGCUGGCUACACGACUUUGAUGUGCGGUGACGGUACCAACGACGUCGGUGCCCUAAAACAAGCACAUGUCGGUAUUGCGCUUUUGAACGGCACCCCAGAGGACCUCAGUAAAAUUUCUGAGCAUUUCAGAAUGACUAAAAUGAAGGAAAUCUACGAAAAACAGGUGUCACUUAUGCAAAGAUUCAAUCAGCCGACGCCUCCAGUUCCCCUAAACAUCGCUCAUCUCUACCCACCAGGAGCCAACAACCCACACUAUGAAAAAGCUAUGCUUCGCGAAGCUGAAAAGAAAGGCCCAGCCGCUGUUGCCGCCCUACAACAAUCCAAUGAUAGCAUUCCAACCAUCGUUUCACCAGGUGCUCAAGCCCUCCAGCAGUCUAACAACGAUCUUACACCCCACCAACGUCGAGAACAACACGCCAAGGUUGCGGCCGCUGGACUUGCGGACAAGCUCACUGCAACCAUGAUGCAACAAGAAAUGGACGAAGAUGAGCCGCCUACACUCAAACUGGGUGAUGCGUCCGUAGCGGCACCAUUCACGAGCAAGCUAGCCAAUGUUGUCGCUAUUCCUAAUAUCAUUCGCCAGGGACGAUGCACUCUAGUCGCCACUAUCCAAAUGUACAAAAUCCUAGCAUUGAAUUGCCUCAUCAGCGCGUACAGUUUGAGUGUCAUCUACCUCGACGGCAUCAAGUUCGGAGACGGGCAAGUCACCAUCAGCGGGAUGCUCAUGAGUGUUUGUUUCUUAUCUAUUUCCCGUGCAAAGUCUGUUGAAGGGUUGUCGAAAGAACGGCCCCAACCGAACAUCUUCAACAUCUACAUUGUCGGAUCUGUCUUAGGCCAGUUCGCCAUUCAUGUGGGCACACUAAUCUACCUUUCCCAAUACGUCUACGCGUUAGAGCCACGCAAGGAAAACAUUGAUCUUGAAAAGGAAUUCGAGCCUUCGCUUUUGAACUCUGCUGUUUACCUUCUUCAACUCAUCCAGCAAAUAUCUACGUUUUCCAUAAACUACCAAGGCCGUCCUUUCCGCGAAUCCAUCCGCGAAAACCGCGGCAUGUAUUGGGGUCUUUUGCUUACGUCCUUGGUCACUUUUUCAUGCGCAACCGAAUUUAUCCCCGAACUCAACGAGAAAAUGCGUCUUGUGCCAUUCAGCUCCGAGUUCAAGGUCGUUUUGACGUCGGUAAUGAUUCUAGAUUAUGCAGGAUGUUGGUUAAUAGAAAAAGGACUCAAAAGGUUUUUCAGCGAUUAUAAGCCAAAGGAUAUUGCGAUUAGACGCCCAGAUCAGAUUGCAAGGGAGGUAUCGAGGAAACUUAAAGAGCAAGAAGAGAAGGACAGAGAAGUUGAAGCGAAACGAACUGUUUAA